AUGGGUAUUUUUGACAAAUUCCGCAAGAUAGAUACGAGCGAUACGCAGGGAGUGCUUGGUCCAGAUUUGGCUGUAUUAGUCAGCUACACUGCCACAGGUGUUCAGCUCUCACCAACCAAUUUCCGACAACUUGACGCCAUGACAAAGUCUAUCCGAACGCUCACGACCGUCGCCAAAUCUCUCCCCUCCGCCGCAUACCUAGGACACAACAAUGGCCCCGCCGUCGUCUCGACUCCCCAUGAUUUGACAGACGCCCAGAGGAGCAUCUUGGACAGUGCGCUUCGCGUCGACCAGGCGGGAGAAAUAGCUGCCAAUUAUAUCUACAAGGGCCAGCUUGCUGUGCUCGGUCGUGAUAGAAAGGUCGGACCAUUGAUCCAGGAAAUGUGGGACCAAGAGAAGAAACAUCUGGUUGUUAUGGACAAAUUGCAAGUGCAGCAUAACGUUAGACCAACAGUUCUUUCCGAAGUUGCAAAAGCCGCAGGUUUUGGGCUGGGUGUUGUUACUGCUCUCAUGGGAAAGGAGGCGGCGAUGGCGUGCACAGAAGCCGUAGAAACGGUCAUAGGGGAACAUUACGAUGAUCAGUUAAAGGAACUAGACUCGUUUCAGACAAGCCACCCAAGUGUUCCCCUUCUCAAAAGUGUGAUUCGCGAAUUUAGAGAUGAUGAGCUCGAGCAUUUAGAUAUUGCGGUGGUGAACCAUUCACAGCGUGCUCCUGCUCAUGCGCUGUUAAGUAGCGUAGUCGGUGGAGGUUGUAAGAUUGCUAUUGAAUUGUGCAAAAGAUUCUAA